GCGCGACGCCGCAAACAGACCUCGCAUCUCGACGUGUCAGGCGAUUUAUUGUGCAGAUACGGGACGCAGUUCUACACAAUGAAUGGAGUUAACGGCAUGGCGGGUCCUCCCGGACUGUGGCAGGAGGCUCGUAAUGCCGAUGGGCGGGUAUACUACUAUAAUUCGCAGACAAAGGCUUCACAAUGGACGAAGCCGCUUGAGAUGAUGAAUCCGACGGAGCGAGCGCUUGCAAACCAACCAUGGAAAGAAUAUACAGCCCAGGGAGGCCGAAAAUACUGGUCCAAUACGGAGACGAAAGAAAGUUCUUGGAAUAUGCCUGAAGUAUAUAAGAAUGCGCUUGCCAAUGUCCCCGCCGCAGCGCCUUCAAUUCCGCCAGCGCCAACUUUUGUUGCUGGCGGAACUUCAUCAUUGCCGUCUUUUCAGCCACCUCGAUCGAGAGAUGAUUUCUCCGGAGCGGAUCGAAUGGGACAAGACCGACCGAUGGGCUACGGGCCCGUGGAUAUGAACGGAAUUCGUGGAACACCCCUAGGAUCCAGCCAGACCGAUCCCGCAUACUCUUCUUUCGAGGAAGCUGAAGCCGCCUUUAUGAAGCUUCUGCGGCGCGCAAAUGUUCAGCCGGACUGGUCAUGGGAGCAGACAAUGCGAGCAAUCAUCAAAGACUCACAAUACCGAGCUCUGAAAGAUCCCAAGGACCGAAAGGCAGCAUUCGAAAAGUAUGCAGCCGAGGUGCGCAUGCAAGAAAAGGAUCGUGCAAAGGAACGUCUUGCGAAGCUACGGGCCGACUUUGCUAUUAUGCUGAGGAGUCACCCCGAGAUCAAACAUUAUACGAGGUGGAAGACCGCUCGGCCAAUCAUUGAAGGAGAGACUAUCUUCAGGUCUACAAAUGAUGACAAUGAACGACGGCAGCUGUUCGAAGAAUACAUGAUUGAACUCAAAAAGGCACAUGCAGAGCACGUGGCUACUACUCGAAAAGCAGCCAUGGACGAGCUGGCGGGAAUCCUCAAGGCUCUUGACUUGGAGCCCUACACACGCUGGUCUGAGGCUCAAGGAAUCAUACAAGCCAAUGACCGAUUUCAAGGGGAUGACAUGUUCAAAACUCUCAGUAAAUCUGACAUCCUGACUGCGUUCGAGGAUCACAUAAAAACCUUGGAACGCACUUUCAACGAUGCGCGCCAGCAGCAGAAGAACUCCAAGGCCAGAAGAGAGCGACAGAAUAGAGACAACUUUGUGGGUUUGCUCAAAGACCUCAAAUCUGCUGGUAAAAUCAAGGCAGGGACAAAAUGGAUGAACGUGUUGCCCCUCAUCGAGGACGACCCCCGUUAUGUUGCGGUGCUCGGCCAACCGGGUUCCACGCCAUUAGAUUUAUUCUGGGACGCGGUCGAAGACGAAGAAAGGGCCCUUCGAGGAACCAGAAAUGAGGUCUUGGACGUGAUGGAUGAUAAACGCUACGAAAUCACGCAGAAAACUACCUUCGAGGACUUCCUCUCUCUCAUGCAAACCGACCGUCGCACAGCAGACAUUGACCGAGACUCGCUUUCGCUCAUCUUUGAGCGGCUGCGAGAAAAGGCCCUCCGCCGAAGCGAAGACGACAAGCACCAAGCAGAACGGCACCAACGCCGUGCUAUUGACGCCCUGCGUUCGCGCAUCAAGCAUCUCGAUCCUCCUGUCUUGAUCGGAGACACCUGGGAACAGGUUCGGUCCCGGGUACAAAACACAGAAGAAUACCAAGCCCUCGAUUCGGACGAUUCGCGCCGCACUGCUUUUGAGAAGGUCAUCCGACGCCUCAAGGAGAAGGAAGAAGACGUAGAACGCGAAAGAGAACGCAAUCGCAGCCGGAGAGGCGGUCAUCGCGACCGAGAGCGAGAACGAGAACGCGAACGCGAACGCGAUCGUGACCGAGAUCGUAAUGGCUAUCGACCUCGUCGUCGAAGCCGGUCUCCGGAACUGGACCCCUACGAGGCCGAUCGCAGAAAAGCCAUGGCCGACCGGGAGCGCCAGUACCGCAAAUCCAGCACCACAGGCUUAUCCCCUCCUCCGCUCAGCGCAUCGCACCGUGACCGUGACCGGGAACGGGAUCGCCACGAGCGUGCCUCAAGCCGUCAGGCCUCAAUGAGUCACUAUGAUCGCGAGCGGCGAGAGCGAGAGGAAGAGCGCGAGAGGAUGUAUCGCACAAGAGGCGAUCCGCGCGGUAGUCGAGACGAGCUCGACUAUGGUGGCGAUGCGCGAAGCGGUAGCAGCGUUAGGAGACGACGGGCUGAUAGCGAUGCGGAAAGCGCGGGCAGCAAGCGGGAGAACAAGCGAACACGGAGAGAUCGAUCCCGCGAGCAAUCUCCCCGCCAGCAGAGAUCAAAGUCCCCGCCUGGCACCCAGCAGGCGCCCAAGGACGAUCCUGCUGUCCAUUCCGGCAGUGAGGAGGGCGAGAUCGAGGAGGAGUAAACCUUCUCGUUAAUUUUAUCAUAAUGUAUAUUAGCUUGGCCUGGUCAAAAGCAUUGGUUCAAGGCGCAAUCUCUUGCUCAGUUCCAUUCCGUCGGGCCUGACAAUGUGCGAUAGAAAAUAAUAAUAAAAGUCAUAUCUGCCAAG